AAGUCAGUCAAGUCAGUCGCCAAAUCAGAUCAGUUUGAUUGAUCAGUAAAAAUUGUUGAACUGCUAGCUGGCAAGAACUGUUUUGCAGAUAUUAAGUAUUGAUUUUCUCGCAUUGUUUAUAUAAUGGAACCAAAUCCUGUAAUUAUUGCAGCUACAGCGAAACAAACGGCAUCUCUUAUAUUUCUUCAUGGUCUAGGUGACACUGGCCAUGGGUGGGCAAAUACUAUCGCGGCUCUCCGUGGGCCCCACAUAAAAGUAAUAUGUCCGACAGCUGCAACUAUGCCAGUGACGUUAAAUGCGGGUUUUCGUAUGCCGUCAUGGUUUGAUUUACGGACUCUGGAUGCUACUGCUCCUGAAGAUGAAGAGGGUAUAUUGAGAGCUACUGACCUUGUUCACCGUCUCAUUGCCAAUGAAAUUAAAGCUGGAAUACUUCCUAAUAGAAUACUGUUGGGUGGAUUUUCUCAAGGAGGAGCUUUGGCUCUUCAUGCUGGUUUGACAUAUCCAGAACCUCUCGCUGGAAUAAUGUCCUUGUCCUGCUGGUUACCCAGACAUGCGCACUUUCCUGAUGCAGUGAAGGUUCCUGCAGAAAUGCUGAUAUUUCAAGCUCACGGUGACUGUGACCCAGUCGUUCCAUUCAAAUGGGGACAAAUGACAGCUUCAUUCCUCAAGACAUUUAUGAAGAAUGUUGACUUCACAACAUACCAAGGAUUGACACAUAGUUCUUCAGAAGCAGAACUUAAAGAUAUGAGAGCAUUUAUAGCAAAAACUCUGGGUUAAAGAAAUUUUUGGGAUCCUUAUAAAAGUACAGAAAUUAUUUAUGAUCCCCGUCAUGUUAAAAUAGGUACAUAACAUAACUGUUAGUAACUUAAUACUUGGAACCUUGGCUGUAAAUCCGUCAUUUUACUAUCUUAUUCCAUUCCAUUUGAUAGAAUCAUGGGCAGUUUUCUGUGGAAUUUGGGUUGUAAUUCCAACAGACCUGAAAUUAGUGUAAGGAGUUGCGCCUAGCUAUCAUUUAAACAUGAUAUAAGUGUAUCUAAUAGCAACUGGGUUUGCCUACUGUCUUUGUGUCCCAUUACCUAGCCUCUUCUAGUAGACGUAAUACAUAAUCAUUACAACCUCUCAUGUAUUAUAGAUGUCAGAUAGAUAUCGUAAUCGGGUUCGUGUUCAAUACGAUGUUUUCGAUGCGAUUCCCAAGACAAAAUUGGAAAGUUUUCAUUGCUUUAGAAGGCACAAUAACAAGGUGGGGGCGCGUUAACAUAGGAAUCACGACAUCGUUGUGGUGGGUGGAUCUCUACAUCCCAACCACGAUAUGCAUGAGAGCAACAAUAAAUAGGCCGAUGAUGUGUUAAAUUAGUUUAAAAGCUUAAUUUCCUGAUAAUAAAUAAAAGUACCUAACACACUCAGUGAGAAACAGUGUUAUUAUGUUUUAAUAAUUAGCUUCCAGAAGCAUCAUAAAUAAAUACUGCCUAGCCUAUAGAUCAGUGGUUCUUAACCGGUGGUCCGCGGACCACUGGUGGUCCCUGGAGGUCCGCGAAGCUUUGCUUAUCGACGUUGCUAUAUACGUUUUCUAACUUUAUUUUUAUCGACUUAUCUAUGCGCACGCGGGUUUUCGCAACUUACGUAAUUUUGGUUUUGAGUCUUAAAAAAUAAUUAAAAUUUCGCGCUCGCUUCGCUCGCGAAUUCAGAAACUAUAUGCCCUUAUUUUUGCAUUUGACAACAAUCAAAAAGUUAAGUACGUUUGGGCUAAAUUUUACGUAAUAUUUGGUUUAAGUCCGAUAAAAAUUUCGCGCUCGCUUCGCUCGCGCAUUUGGAAACUACAUAGUCAUAUGUUUAUCUUUCUUUGCAUUUGCUUACCUACAACUGCCGACAUACGUUUUACUUUGAGUAGUACGGAACCAAAAAUUCAUAAAUUAGUAAAGAGAAUGCAGUCACAAAAAUAUAUAUCUCAUUAAAUUUAAAUCUGUAACUUUUAGUUUUUUGCUAAAUAAUAAAGAAAUGAGUGCUAAUUAUAAAGUAUGCUUGUAUUCGUUAUCAAGGAACUCUCAAUUUAGGUAAACCGAUGAGGUGGUCCCCGGCAAGACAAACUUUAGUUAAAGUGGUAUAGAUAGACAAACCACUGAAACUCGAGUAAAAUUAUAAAUUUACUAGAUGUGGCAUACAAACCAAAACGGAAACACCAUACUAAUCAUUUUUAUUUCUAUUAUUCCACUAGUUUUGUGUUUGCAUACAUACUGUUCUUUGUUAGGUAGGUAGAUCUUUUUUUAUUGUUUUUUAUUAUAUUUUAUUAUUCACGUCAAA